GAGUCUCAGAAGGAAGCAGUUCCCAUCAGGAAGAGCCUCCCAAGGACAGGCUGAGAGAAACAGCGGAAGGCACAGGCCGACAUCAGGAGCUCCUCUACGAGUUGGAGCCUGAACUGCUUCGGGGCGUUCCACUGCACGUGUCGCUGGGAAAGUGUGGCUCUUAUUGGGAAAUUCCUGAUAAUGGGAUGUUGAACGUGAACCCUAGCUUGUACAAGCUGAGUACGCCCGUGGACCAGCUGGACCAUUUCUUGAGCCACGUGAGCGUCAGCGUGGGAGUUGUCUAUAGUGUGCUUGGCUUGCGGGGUGGGAUCCAACUAACACUCUUUGCAGAAUUAGAAUUUGUUCCCAUUUUUUUGCCGGACCUCAGUGAGUGUUUUUGGCAACGGCUCCGGCGCUGCAUCCUGCGCCGUCCCGUCAUGGUCUUUAUGGACAAAUUGUGUAUUGCCCAGCACGACGAACGUUUGAAGGAAGCGGGCAUUUUGGGAAUUGCAGCCUUCUUAAAGUGUUCCAAGCGCUUGACGAUUCUCUGGUCCCCACAAUACUUCGCUCGAUUGUCACCUGGCGGAUUCGAACUUCUUGGGAGGUGGUGUACCUUCGAAGUUGCAACCUUCUUGAACCAGGGACAAACGAAGAAUAUUGAUAUCAUUCCGGUGGGCAUGUCUCUCUUGCUGAUCUUACUGGCUCUGCACAUGAAGUUCCAAGCCAUGAGUAUUCACUGGUCUUUGCACAUUCAGCAAUUUGAGGUAGCAGAGUCCAGAGUUGGAAAUGCACAAAUGAAAGCCUACAGGAUGUUGCCGUUGAUUCUCUACAUCGGUAUUGGCCUCAUGAAGGAGGUGGAUGAAUUGCCGGAGCAGCUCCAAACCUUCCAGGUACGAAAAACCAAAUGUUUCUGUUGCACCAGUGCCUUCCCCGGCAGUUCAGGUAAGCACCAGCAUCCAAAGUCUGGAGCGACUUUGCCCUGUGAUCGCCGCGCGGUCUACAAGCAACUUCGGGAUUGGUAUAGCGAAGCCACUUGGGCUCAGCAGGAUGGGAAAAGCAGCAAAACUGCUGCCCUGGACAGUUUUGAUCAUCACGUUCGCGACGACUUGGCUUCCAGUGUCAUGCGCUCCAUUGGGGGCGGCUGGUACGUGACCUACUCGAUGACACUGAUCUACGCUGCCCUGAUGCCGUUGAACAGUCUAUGGAUCAACGAAGCCUUUGCAGGGCCCAGCGGCGGCGACGUGCAGUUGGAGGGGGAGGAGCAGCUCCGCUGGGUGAUCCGCUGCUCGAUCCGCUUGGCGCAUCAGCCAGUUCUCGCAGUUUUAACGUUGUGGUUGUACAUGGCCAUGUGCAAAGCGGGUGUCAUACUCACCUAUGGUUGUUCCAGAAUGGCAGCAGCCCUGAUUCUCCUCGUUCCACUGCUGAUUGUGGAAUUUCUCUUCAAGAUGCCAGUGGAAUUCUUCAUGCGCAUCACUGACGACACGAGUUUGAUCCCUGUGAUCCCCUUCGCUUUCUCCUUGGCUUUGUCGUUGAUCUUAUGGUGGAUGACUACCUGGUCAGUAGGCGUAGACGCGCGCACGCGGGCAGCCACUAGUGGCAUGCGUGGCGCCAGGGAACGUGGGGAGGUGAAGGAGAAGGAGUUUGCCAAGCAGUUGGAUGCCUAUGGCUGGGACCGUGGUGUGAGCCACAAGAGCAUGGAUUCAGCUGAAAAAGAAAGUGACACUGAAUCUCAAGGAACCCUGCAUAUUUGA